GAGGAUUUUGAAAUUUUGAAGCACAACGAAAGAAGCGAUGGCAGAACUACAGCAAGCAAUCCUUUUGAUGACGGAACUCCUGCAGAAGCUGGCACAGCCGAACAAUACGGAGCAAACUCUCGAAUCCUUGGCAACCAACAUCAGUGAAUUUUCGUUCGACCCGGAAAAUGGAAUCACUUUCGAAAAGUGGUACAGCCGGUAUACGGAUCUUUUCGAAUCGGAUGCCAAGAAUUUAGACGAUUCCGCCAAGGUACGCCUGCUGUUGAGGAAGUUGGACACACCAUCCCACGUCAGGUACGUCAACUUCAUCUUGCCGAAGCUUCCCAAAGACGUCGAUUUUGCUGGCACCGUCAAGAUACUAUCGCAAAUGUUCGGCACACACACCUCCAUUUUUAACAAGCGGUACCAGUGCCUCCAGCUAGUAAAAUCUGAAGCAGAGGACAUCAUUAGCUACGCAGGGAAGGUGAAUCGUUCAUGCGAAGAUUUCGACUUCAAAAAUAUGAACAUCGAUCAGUUCAAGUGCUUGGUGUUUGUGAGUGGCCUUAAGGGUCAUGCCUACGCCGACACGCGACCAAGGCUUCUUUCCCGGAUUGAAUGUGAAACAGCAGAAGCUCCCGUGAAUCUUCAGACCUUGAUUAACGAAUAUCAACGACUCGUUAAUCUCAAGGAGGACACAUCGAUGAUUGAGCGCCAGUCAAGCUCGAAACAAGCGGUUCACGUUGUCCAGGAGAAGGGAAGUUUUCAUCAUCCACACACUUCAAAACCGGAAGGUAAGCUGCCUCGCACCCCUUGUUGGCAAUGCGGACAAAUGCAUUUUGUCCGGAACUGUCCGUUUUCGGAGCACCAGUGCAAACAGUGCAACCGAAUUGGCCACAAGGAAGGCUAUUGCGGCUGUUAUUCCAAACGGCAGACAGUUCCAGGCGGAGGGGAAAAGAAAACAUCGAAUCAGUCACCAUCGAAUCAGCCAUCAAAUCAGCAAACGAAUCAGCCAGCAAAUAGACAAAACAACCCUCGGAAAGUCAAUGCUAGAGGAGUAUACAUCGUGAACCACAUCGCUAACCAUUCCAGCAACCGAAAGUACGUGCCUACUUUGAUCAACGGCGUGGCUACCAGGCUCCAACUGGACACAGCAAGCGAUAUCACGGUGAUAUCAAAGCAAACCUGGAACAACUUGGGUAACCCUUCAAUCAUCAAACCGACGAUCCAAGCAAUCAACGCGUCGGGCAAACCACUUCAUCUGAUGGGUGAGUUCCAGUGCGACGUCAGCAUCAACGGAAAAACUGCUAGAGGCAGAUGUUUCGUCACGACGACUGCCAACCUCAACCUUCUCGGCAUCGACUGGAUUGACCUGUUCAAGCUGUGGUCAGUUCCUCUCGACUCUGUUUGCAAUCAAGUAACGACGAAGUCGAUCGAUCAGCAGAUUAGUGAAUUUCGAGCAAAGCAUGCAAAUGUUUUCAAUGAUUCACUGGGACACUGCAGGAAAUUGAAGGUAAAGCUUUUUCUCAAACCAAAUGCUAAACCUAUUUUCUGUCCAAAGCGCCCAGUUCCUUUCAACACCAUUCCAUUGGUCGAUGCUGAACUCACACGGUUACAAUCAUUGGGCAUCCUCGAACCUGUCGAUUUCUCCGAAUGGGCUGCUCCCAUCGUGGCAGUGCGCAAACCUAACGGUCGAGUGCGCAUAUGUGCAGACUACUCGACGGGGCUAAACGAGGCGUUGGAACCAAAUCACUAUCCGCUUCCGACGCCAGAGGAAAUUUUCGCCCAACUCAACGGCAGCACCGUUUUCAGCAUCGUCGAUCUUUCUGAUGCGUAUCUGCAGCUUGAGGUGGAUGACGACUCAAAGCUGCUCACAAUCAACACGCAUCGAGGAUUGUUCCGGUUCAAUCGCCUGGCUCCCGGAGUGAAAUCUGCGCCGGGCGUAUUCCAACGUGUGGUGGAUGGAAUGAUAGCAGACAUACCUGGUGUCCGCUCUUUCAUCGAUGAUGUCAUCGUGUUUGGAAAGGACAUCAGCUCACACGCAACGUCACUCAACCUACUCUUCCAGCGGCUCAAAGAGUAUGGUUUUCACGUGAAGGCUGAGAAGUGUCAUUUCUUUCAAUCACAACUCGGCUAUUUGGGGCACAUUGUGGACAAACAAGGCAUUCGUCCAGACCCCGAGAAAGUGAAGGCUAUCGCUGCACUCCCACCGCCAACUAACGUUCCCGAGCUUCGAUCAUACCUGGGUGCGGUCAACUUCUACGGUAGGUUCGUGCGCAACAUUCACGAAUUGCGGCAUCCAAUGGACCAGCUGUUGAAGAAGGACGUGAAAUGGCAGUGGACAUCGGCAUGCCAACAGGCUUUCGACCAGUUCAAAAGGACGCUUCAAUCAAACCUGCUGCUAAUGCAUUACGACCCUAAGCUUCCAAUCAUCGUGGCUGCGGAUGCAUCAAGCACAGGCAUCGGGGCAGUCAUCUUUCACCAGUUCCCUGAUGGCAGAAUGAAGGCAGUACAACACGCUUCGAGGACGCUCGCACCUGCGGAGCGUAAUUAUGGACAACCAGAGAAGGAAGCGCUUGCGUUGGUCUAUGCAGUGACCAAAUUCCACAAGUAUUUGUUGGGACGCCAUUUCACACUGCUGACUGACCACAAGCCACUACUUUCCAUCUUCGGUUCUAAGAAGGGGAUUCCCCUACACACUGCGAACCGACUACAACGGUGGGCUCUCACGAUGCUGAAUUACGACUUCGAGAUUCAGCAUGUAUCCACCAACGAAUUCGGAUGUGCAGAUCUGUUGUCCCGACUGAUCGACCAGCCCAUCCAACCCGAAGAAGAAUAUGUUAUCGCUGCGCUGAGCCUUGAGGAAGAUUUGCAUUGUAAAAGGCUACAACAACCGACGCCACACUCCAAUCUGUUGCUCAACACAUACGCGAAGGAUGGCCCAGCUGCUCCAAGAACCUUUCCGCUGCAGUUCAACCGUAUUUUCUACGACGGGAAUCGCUCAGCAUGA